AUUUUUUCGAGAAACAAUUAAUAACCAUAGAUUUCUAUUCCCUGUUCGAUUUGUCAACGUGGAAAAUUGUGCUGGUUUUAUCGUUUGAAAUUAUUAAUUUUGAUACUUUUAGUAUUAGGCACCAAAGAACUGAGACAAAAUGGAAUUGCAGUUGCUUUUAGCAGUAUUUUUAGCCUCUGUGGUUGCUGUAAAUAGUUUAAAACCAGGAGAAUGCGAAGUGUGUAUAAAGACAUUAGACAAAUUCGCAGCCACAUUAUCAGGGGAUGUGAAAAAAGACCCCAAAAAAAUUGAAACUGAGUUCAGAAAGUUCUGCAAGGGGUCUAAAAAUAAAGAAAAUAGAUUCUGUUACUAUUUGGGUGGCCUAGAGGAGAGUGCGACGGGCAUCCUAGGUGAAAUGUCAAAACCCAUGUCAUGGUCGAUGCCCUCUGACAAAAUCUGUGAGAAGCUCAAGAAAAAAGAUGCUCAAAUCUGCGAGCUCCGCUUCGACGUUGAAAUCGACUUGAAGACAGUCGACCUCAAGAAACUCAAGGUCAGGGAUCUCAAGAAAAUCCUCAAUGACUGGGGCGAGGAGUGCGCAGGGUGUAUUGAAAAAAGCGAAUACCUCAAGCGGAUCGAAGAACUGAAACCUAAGCAUACAGAAUUGUAGAUAGUGAUUAGAGAGAUAAUUUUUUGAUUAGCUUUCCAUAUGGUCCCAAAAGUCGUCUUUAGGUAAUUUCUUUUUGUUUGUUAAAGAGACUGUGGGAUUUAGGAUCUGUGGAAAGCAAAGUUAGGACUUUAUUUGGAAUUUAGUGUUGAGGGGUUAAUGCCCUUAUGCAAGUGAGAUACCGUGUCUGCAAGAAAAAAUAAUUUUUGAGUUGUUACCUUGAUAGCGGUCGUGAUAUACAUUAUCUGAAUGUAGUAUCAAAUAUUUCUGUAUGGGAGGAACAAUAUCAUAAUGAACUAAAGGGCUAUUGAUUUUUUCAAUUUGCUUAAUAAUUUUUUGAGAAAAUUAGUCUGUUUUUUCUGUAGUUGUUGCUUUUAUCUGUUGAUGCCUACAGUUCCAAAUGAGUUUCGUUUAAAAUAAAAUGAACUUUGUGACUUUACCUCCCACAUGAUAUUGCACAAGUUUUUUUAUGAUGUGUAUCACAGCUGUCCAAGAAUCCUUUUUUUACCUCAAAAUAAUGUUCCAAGAGUGUUUGAUUUUUUCUGUUGAAUAAUCAGGUUUUUAAAAUGGUCAGUGCAUGUUUACUAGUUUAUUUUUUGUAAGGAAUUGUACAAAAUUAUAGACAUUUUUGUCUUA